AUGCUAGGAGAAAUUAUCGAAUCAAUUCAUGUUCAUGAUCAUUUUAUAGGUAGAAAAUAUAUAAAUAUAUUACGUGAUACACAAUUUGUACAUAAUAAUACAAUAUUACAAAGUUAUGAUCAAGAUUUUAUUCGAACUUUAGUAGUUAUUGAAUUUGAUAAAGCUGUUUCAUUGAAUGAUUUUCCUGUAAGAUCAGCAGGUAUUGUUGUUACUUGUUAUCAACUAUGUAUUAUUAUGGUGAUAUCUUAA